UUCCAUGGCAAGGCGCAAGGCCUCCCUACGCAGGAAUGGGGAUGGAGGGGUCACGGGAAAAGAGCUUUUCGGACCAAUACACAUUCGAGAUAAUCUUUUUCUUAUUUUUCACAUUUUUUACAGCUCAGCUUCCCUGUUAUGAGUGCCUGUCCAUUUGGAAGCGACGUUGCAAGCUUAAAGGUCAAGAGCGAUUAUACGCUGUUCCAAAGAGGGUAAUCAACAUCUUCCACUAUGCUAGGCGCGAGUUUCUCCAGUCGUACGAUGAUUCAAAAGUUUGCGUGCCAUGCUUAGAUUUGCGUUUGCUGUACAAUGUCGUGACCUUGAGCGGGUACAAAAUGUUGCCGCGCAGUCAGUGCUGGUAUCAAAGCUUUACACGAAACUUUCAUUUACUGAUAUAUAAGCUCGUUGGGACGCAGGUCAUUACGCCUCGCGAACCCAGCCGGUAGAACUUCUGUUAUAAGCCCUUCGUUUUCAAGUCUCCUAAGCCUAUCUUCCAACCAUGCGUGAGGUCAUCUCCAUCCACAUCGGCCAGGCCGGCAUCCAGGUGGGCAAUGCCUGCUGGGAGCUUUACUGCCUUGAGCACGGCAUCCAGCCGGAUGGCCAGAUGCCUUCGGACAAGACGAUUGGCGGUGGCGACGAUGCCUUCAACACUUUCUUCUCUGAGACCGGUGCUGGCAAGCAUGUUCCACGCUGCAUUUUCCUGGACCUUGAGCCAACUGUUGUGGACGAGGUCCGCACUGGUACUUAUCGCCAGCUGUUCCAUCCCGAGCAACUGAUAUCUGGCAAGGAGGAUGCCGCCAACAACUUCGCGCGCGGCCACUACACCAUUGGCAAGGAAAUUGUGGAUCUGGCCCUGGACCGCAUCCGCAAGCUGGCGGACAACUGUACCGGUCUUCAGGGCUUCCUCGUAUUCAAUGCCGUGGGUGGUGGCACCGGCUCUGGCCUUGGCUCCCUGCUGCUGGAGCGCCUGUCCGUCGACUACGGCAAGAAGUCCAAGCUCGGCUUCACCGUGUACCCGUCGCCCCAAGUGUCGACGGCUGUCGUUGAGCCGUACAACUCCGUGCUUUCAACUCACUCGCUGCUGGAGCACACGGAUGUUGCCGUCAUGCUUGACAAUGAGGCCAUCUAUGAUAUCUGCCGUCGCAGCCUAGACAUCGAGCGCCCGACCUACACCAACCUGAACCGUCUGAUUGCUCAGGUCAUCAGUUCGCUGACGGCUUCUCUGCGCUUCGAUGGUGCCCUUAACGUCGAUGUCACUGAGUUCCAGACCAACUUGGUGCCCUACCCUCGCAUUCACUUUAUGCUCAGCUCGUACGCUCCUAUCAUUUCCGCCGAGAAGGCUUACCAUGAGCAGCUCUCGGUUGCUGAGAUUACCAACGCUGCGUUUGAGCCAGCAUCUAUGAUGGUGAAGUGCGACCCACGCCACGGCAAGUACAUGGCCUGCUGUCUGAUGUACCGUGGCGACGUGGUGCCCAAGGAUGUGAACGCCGCUGUGGCCACAAUCAAGACGAAGCGCACUAUCCAAUUCGUGGACUGGUGCCCAACCGGCUUCAAGUGCGGUAUCAACUACCAGCCGCCUACCGUUGUGCCGGGUGGUGAUCUGGCCAAAGUGCAGCGCGCAGUGUGCAUGAUUUCAAAUAGCACUGCCAUCGGCGAGAUCUUCAGUCGCCUCGACCACAAGUUUGAUUUGAUGUACGCCAAGCGUGCCUUCGUGCACUGGUACGUCGGUGAGGGUAUGGAGGAGGGUGAGUUCUCCGAGGCCCGCGAGGAUUUGGCUGCUCUUGAGAAGGACUUCGAGGAGGUCGGCGCCGAGUCCGCCGAGGGUGCUGGUGAGGGCGAGGGCGAGGAGUACUAGAAGAUGACUGGGCCUCGUACUUGAAACAAACUGUGUAACAAUAUGAGCUAAUGA